AUGUCCAAGCCGGUGGACCACGUCAAGCGGCCCAUGAACGCCUUCAUGGUGUGGUCGCGGGCUCAGCGGCGCAAGAUGGCCCAGGAGAACCCCAAGAUGCACAACUCGGAGAUCAGCAAGCGCUUGGGCGCCGAGUGGAAACUGCUCACGGAGUCGGAAAAGCGGCCGUUCAUCGACGAGGCCAAGCGUCUACGCGCCAUGCACAUGAAGGAGCACCCCGACUACAAGUACCGGCCGCGGCGCAAGCCCAAGACGCUGCUCAAGAAGGACAAGUUCGCCUUCCCGGUGCCCUACGGCCUGGGCGGCGUGGCGGACGCCGAGCACCCUGCGCUCAAGGCGGGCGCCGGGCUGCACGCGGGGGCGGGCGGCGGCCUGGUGCCUGAGUCGCUGCUCGCCAAUCCCGAGAAGGCGGCCGCGGCCGCCGCCGCCGCCGCCGCACGCGUCUUCUUCCCGCAGUCGGCCGCCGCCGCCGCCGCUGCCGCCGCCGCCGCCGCCGCGGGCAGCCCCUACUCGCUGCUCGACCUGGGCUCCAAGAUGGCAGAGAUCUCGUCGUCCUCGUCCGGCCUCCCGUACGCGUCGUCGCUGGGCUACCCGACCGCGGGCGCGGGCGCCUUCCACGGCGCGGCGGCGGCGGCUGCAGCGGCGGCCGCCGCCGCCGGGGGGCACACGCACUCGCACCCCAGUCCGGGCAACCCGGGCUACAUGAUCCCGUGCAACUGCAGCGCGUGGCCCAGCCCCGGGCUGCAGCCGCCGCUCGCCUACAUCCUGCUGCCGGGCAUGGGCAAGCCCCAGCUGGACCCCUACCCCGCGGCCUACGCUGCCGCGCUAUGACCCCGCGGGGCCGCCUCGCGAGGACCGGUGUGCACACGUGUACAUAUGCAUAGGUACGAGCGCUGCGGCCUCCCCGUGCGCCCUCCCGCGACCGGGGGCCCGGUUUGUAUGUACAUAGAAUGUAUAGGUGCCAGGCAGAGGCAGAGAGGCCAGGCGGGGCAGGAAUGGCCAAGCGCGCGAGGGCGCGGGCGAGCAGGCCUGUGAAUUCGCAGGAUCACUUCAGACCCGCACUUCGGCAGCCAACUCGAAAGCAGGCGGUCGUGUCCGGCGGCAGUUGGCGUUUGCUUUGCACUUCGGAACCUGUUGCGUUUUGACCCACGGAGGUGGAGGAGUAACUUUUUGACAUGUUGGCCUUUCCAGUUUUGUUGGAAGUUUCAUGGUCGGUUUUGUUUUUGUUUCUCAUUCUUCUUCCUCGCCCCUCAGCCCCCCAACCCCCAACCCCCUCCCGGUCCGUGUUGCAUGCACGCUGUUCAAAUGUGAGGUCUGAAAUGGCUGGCACACGGGAAAAGCUGCUUGUGUCAUUCGUUUCUGGGAGUGGGAUGGCUCUGAGCAGCCUCGCCUCCCUGUUUGUACUAUUUGAACUUUGCAGAUCUCUGUUCUCUCAAGCAGAACUCCCAACCGGAUCCAUUCUUGACCAGUGACCGGCUCGAAUCUGGCCUUUUGUGUGAGAUGAUCACGGUUUCUUUUGUUUAUCACGCCAUUUGCAAAUCAGAGCAAGAGCUCUUUCUCAAGGGCAAGAAACGCAAACAAGAAAUAUUUGUGAGAUGAAAGUUGUCAAUUGGAUUUUCUUCCUAAACAAACAACAACAAACUACUAGAAGUCUCCCUGAGUCCACUCGCUUGGAUUUCUGACACAGUUUACAAAAAAGGAAAAAGGCACUGCUCCUAUUUUCCCUUAUGGCUGAGUUCACCUUAAGAUUGUGAAUGUGUAUAUGUCAGUGAAAACAUUGAGGCUUGGAAAAUGUGUUAUUUUCGUUGCCCUAAGUUUGAGUCGACUUUAGACUCAAAAACAUUUUGAGCGAAUAUCAAAGUUAACUUUUAAAAAUUGCGAAACUAUUUCAGAAUCGCAAUUUUAUCGAAGAUUAAAUCAGACUUUUUUGUCUGGUAAUUAUAUAUUUAUUAUUUAGCAAAACUGAGGAAAAAAGCACAGAAUUGUUUCAACAGAUGUCUCUCAUUUUCAGCUAGCAUUUCUCUCCCAAGUUGAGCUGGUUUAAUGUGUUUUGGAUUUCCCUCCUCAAUUGGCUUAUUUUUUAGAUCACCUGCAAUUCAUUUGCAAAUUGCAAUAAAACACAUUUUAGAAAAAAGAACCUUCAAUUAUUAGCUUUGUUUGUUUCUUUUUAAAUGUAUAUAUUUUGACUAAUGUUUGUGAAUGAAGUUGGCUAACAUGUAUUUAGUUUCAUUUUGGCUUUAUGUAAUAUAAAGUUUUUAAAAUUUUAAAUAUGGUUUUAACCUUUAUGUGUAAAUGAUUUUCUAGUGUGACCUUCUAAUUUAAUAUUAGACGUCUAAGGUAUAUCUGUAAAUUAGAAUCCGACUAUCACUCUGUUCAUUUUUUUUGAACAAAGAGUUUAAAUAAAGCCUGAACCAGGGAAAAGAAAAA